GUUUUCCAUGGUGAACCUCAUACGUGUUUUUGGGCAAGAGGUUGCUACAUGUUACCCCGUCUGUGAUAGAAAGCGUUUUAUCCAACGAAAAUUUGGGUAACAGUUAGAGUCGGUCUAAGAGACGAGAAUUAACAUUAAAGUCGAUCGGGAAAUCAUUCGUGAUCUGUGGCCAGGUGUGACGACAGCGCCCUCAUCUAUAAAUAGAAAUAGAACCGGCUAAAGGCGGAAGAUAAACUCAGAUAAAGAGAAGAAAAUGACGGAAUGUGUGAAACCAGUUCACCUGCCAAACCACCUGUCCAUUUUAACGGCACAUAGCGGAUUGCUGCGAACUACACUUGCUGACCAAAUUGGGAUUGUGGCACAUAAAUUACAUGAACGUUUUGCUGUUCAUGAUUAUCAAUUGAAGAAGAUAUUAAAAACAGCCACUCAGAAACCAGAGGAUGGUGUAUCCCUAUUAAUAAGCUAUAUAAAAGGCAGUCAGGAUCAUUUUGAUAAAUUUAUCCAAUGUUUGAGUGACCUGGGAUAUACAGGAUUGGUUCAGACGAUCACAGGUACCGGAAGUGCUGCUGUAGAAAUCCCCGAAAUCGUCCCAAGAACUAUAACGAAUAUUACGGUACCGUCACCAACCACGCCACCCACACCACCCAAGCCACAAGUACAACGCAGAAAAAUGCCAAGCGCUAGCGAAAGGAAGAUAGAGAGUAAUUUUGAUUAUCUGGUGAACAACAUUAGAGAACCUAUACAACUGUGUGAGAUAUUAUAUCAGAAAGGUGUAUUCAACAAGACAGACAUAGAUACUUGUCGUAUUAUAUACGAACGUGAAGGAAGGGGAAAUGCUACAAAGAUUUUACUGUUCACUUUAUUAGAUCGUGGUGAUGUCUAUGAUAUAUGUAUACAAUGCUUAAAGGAAUGUGGUUACAAAUCUGUUGUAGAUCGACUGGAGAAUGGUCAGUUUACAAGAGACAUUGGUCGGCGUAUUGAUUGGGUAAUGAGGGGUAGAAUGAGAAUUGAAGAUUUACGUAUUUGGAUCAGAGCGACAAAAUACUUGUUUGAACAAUUCACGCCUGAUUUAGAUCUCAUACAGGACACAAUGUUUCAUCACCAUAUUAUAGAUGAAACUGACAAACAACAAAUUGAGAAAGAAAGAGUAUGUAAAAGUGAUAGACAUGGUGCUAUAAAACUUGUGGAAAUACUUGGCUAUCGCGGAAAAAAUGUAUUACCAAGAAUAAUUGCGGCUCUUGAGUCCAUAAACCAUGACGCAGCAACAUAUCUACAAGACAGGAUAAAUGGUUUAACAAAACGGAGAUGGGGAAUGGGCAGUUCAUAUACAGGUCACGUUAUAGGUGGAUUUAUCCAGUAUGAUAAGGUACAUAGGGGUAAAAUGGAGCCUUGCCAUUAUUUAAUUUGGAAGGAUGAACACGAAUACUUGGUGGAACAAUUCACGCUGGAUCUAGAUCUCAUAAAGGACACAAUGUAUCAACACCAUAUUAUAGAUGAUAAAGACAAGCAACAAAUUGAGAAAGAAGGAACGCAUACAAGUGAUGAAAAUGGUGCUGAAAAACUUGUGGAAAUACUUGGUCAUCGUGGACAAAAUGCUUUGCCCAGAAUAAUUGAAGCCCUUAAGACCAUAAACCAUGACGCAUCAGAACAUCUUCAAGCCAGGAUAAAUGGUUCAACAAAACGGAAGUGGGGGAAUGUUGAAUAGAACAUUGCAGAGAAGUACAUAUCUUCAACCGAAACAUUUUAGUUACUUGAGUAACAGCGAAAUGAGUUAUCGAUACUUUGUCCCAUUUUUUUCCAGGAUAGCAGUCCUCCUGUAAAAAAAAACAUAAAAAAAUUAAACAUUUUUAAAAAAAAAAAAAAAAAAAAUAUAUCACUUCUCUGUAAUUAUAUGGUGAAUAAUCCCAUCAUAUUACAGGGAUGACAGUUGUAAUGAACAGUUACAGUGUAAUAACUAAUCCCAUCACUAUAACAGAGCAACGAGGUUAUCUGUAGAUAUAUAUGUUGUGAUAAAAAGUAAACAUAAAUGAAUUUAGAGAAAAAUAGACAAAAACAACCAAAAGAAGAAAAAGUAUGUUUAUAUUGCAAGCCGGUGUAUAGAAUAUAAAGAUAACAAAAAAAGCUGUUUUAUUUUUCAUAUAUACAUGCAUAUAAUUAAUAUGACAUAGAAUUAUUUUGUUGUCUUAUUGCUUAUUUUUGUUUUGUUUUGGUUAUCUCCCUUUAAUCGUAUCCUCGUCACGAUUUUGAUCAUGAAAAAUGGAAUGGUUUGAGUUAUUUAUUGAACAUACAUUAUGCUAGAGUUAAGUCUGCAUAUUGCAGAUCUUUCUAUAAUCGUACAAUAGUGGUUUUUUUCUUGUUUUUUUUUUGUUGUUGUUGUUUUUGUUGUUUUUUGUUCUUUUUUUUUAUUAAACAUGCAUUAUGUAAGAGUCACAUCGACUAUUGCUGGCCUUUUGUAUAAAUUAUUAAUCAGACAUUAACUAACUUACCAAGACCAUAAUCAACUCUCGAUGGGAUAUUUAGUAGAUUUAAAUAUGUUUUGUGGUUACCGUAAACUGGAUAAUCAAGACUUUGAUUAUUAUCGUCACAAUACUAGUAAUGACAAUCGAUGCUAUAAUUGUAUCGCCUAUAGCUUGGCUCAGAGUGAAGUAAUUUGACUAAAAUUUUAAACAUAUUCUCUUUUCAUUAUCAUUUUUUAAAAUAUUAUAGCGAGAAAUGCUAGCUAUUUAUCUAAUCUUAUGCCGCUUUAAAUAAUCAUUUUUACAUGUUAUUUUGUACCCUCUUACAUUUAUAUAAUAAAUAUGACAUAGAACUA